UGUAUGUAUGUGGUUUUAAUUGUUAAAUUUUUGUGGAAAAUAUUGCCACGCGUGAUUGAAACUAUAUCAUAUAAUUGUGUUUUCUAAUCGGAUAACAACAUAAAGUGGUUUUCACUUCUAUGCCAAGGGAUAUGUACAAUAUUUUAGUACAAAAAAUAUAUAAACUGCAAGGACUGGGUCCCAGAAAUAUCCAACACAACGCCAGGAGGUCGUUUGAUAUGUACCAUCGGAUUUAAUCAUUGAAGCAGAAACCCACCCAGUGUACAGCAGUGCUGCAUUAUAGUCGUUAUACAAUCAGUAAUGAGAUGGCACUGAAGCGUGGACAGAUACUAUGCUCCACCGAACCUGGGCUGCCAGAAUCGAGUUAUUAUGAUGAACCACUAAGAGUCACUCAUAAACGGCAUUGCCACCCAGGGACGCCAUAUGGAAUUUCGUCACCAUUGCGCAUGGAUGUACAGGCAUUUCCAGGAUGUGAUACAGCAUCAGCAAAUGAAGCACAAGUGGAAUGCCAUAAACAACCAAAAACUAUAAGAACAUUGGUAUCGGAAUGGAGUGAAAGAAUUAUAGAGGGCCUGCGCAACGUGCAGAGCACGCGUGACCUACGAGAACCCCUGGCAAACUACUUAACACACUUCUACAAUGAUACGUGUGCCACAGGAUCUGAAGCUGAUCAAAGUGUGGAAGAUAACAAGGCAAACCUAGAAAAUCGCAUUGAACGCCUAGUGCAACGUAACACCGUGCUGCAAAAUAUGGUCAGACACCAAUACGAUACCAUAAGGCAAUUGCAAGCCAAAGAAGCAUUAAUAGAAGACCUAAUAAAGGAAAAGACAGCACUAAACGAUGAACUGACAAGACUCAAGGAAUGCAUCAACGCAUACGUCAGCUCUUUCGCCAAACCGGAACACCCGAACCCGGAUUCCAUGGAUCUCCAAUUUACACGGAGACCGCCAGAUGUGUACUGAACAUAAUGUCAAUCCUAUAGUCUAU